UGUUAUCUCUCCUUCUCCAAUCCUACCCAGUAGAAUAUGUUUUUAACAGCAUUUCUAUUGUACUGUAGUGUGAAAAACUGACAACAAAUUAUUGCUGUGCACUGUUCUGCGUUAUCACUUGAUUGAUUUAGUGUUGCAUGACUUUUAGACAAACUCUUAAUACUAAAUAUUUUAUGACAAUGUUCUUGGAAACAGCAUUGUUAAUAGCCGGUUUAAUUUUUCUCCUGUGGAUUUACACUUUACCCGAUUCCAGUAUGAGAGAACUGGGUAAUAAAAUACCAGGACCUUUAUCACUUCCAAUAAUUGGAUGUAUAUUCAGCACACCAAAAAAUGGCAUAGAACAAUUACAAAAAUGGGGAGAGAGAUUUCAGAUGUACGGAAAUACUGUUAGAUUUUGGGUCGGAAAUAGAUUAUAUGUAAUUUGUAGAGACGAAGGUGAUAUGGAGGUCUUACUGACUAGUAAAGAUAACAUUACAAAAUCACCACUCUACAUGUUACUUCAUGGCUGGCUUGGGACGGGUCUGCUAACAAGCACAGGUGAAAAGUGGUUAAAAAGACGGAAAGCUAUAACACCUGCAUUCCAUUUCAAAAUUUUAGAGCAAUUUGAAGACGUUUUUUAUAAAAAUGCAACUAUUCUUGUUAACAAAUUGUCCAGCUUUUGUGGAAAGUGUUGUGAUGUGAAUCCAUUCAUAUCGGACUGCACUCUGGACAUUAUUUGCGAAACAUCGAUGGGAAUUAGUGUGAAUGCACAAAUUCAAAAAUCCAGUUAUGUCACAGCCUUGAGAAAAAUGGCAUCACUUAUUACUGAAAGGAUGCAGAAACCUUGGCUCCAUUUGGAUUUUUUAUAUAAACUGCUCAAAUCACCCAAAGAAGUCGAGGAUACCAUAAGCAUACUGCAUGAAACUACGAGGAAGGUGAUCCAAGAUAAACAAAAAUCAAUGCAGUUUGAAAGUAAAACAGAUGAAGCCGAAGAAAUUUUAGGAUUCAAAAAGAAGAUCCCAUUAUUGGAAUCUCUACUGAAACAGAAGACAGUCAAUGGUAUAUUUAGCACCGAUCAAGAUAUACAAGAAGAAGUUGAUACAUUUAUGUUUGAGGGUCAUGACACUGUAACCUCCGCUAUUUCUUUUGUCCUUAAAGCACUUUCAAAAAACAAACCAAUUCAGGAUUUAUUGUAUGACGAGAUGAAGCAAAUUAUCGGAGAUAAAACAAGGCCAAGUCAUGAUGAUUUGCAAGAAUUAAAAUAUUUAGAUCGAGUGAUAAAAGAAUCACUAAGACUUUAUCCCAGUGUUCCAGCAAUAGGAAGGUACAUCACUAGUGAAAUCACGCUGAAAACUGGCUAUACUUUACCCGUUGGGACAGUAGUUCUCAUGUCGAUAUACUGGUUGCACAGAAAUGAGAAAAACUUCCCUAACCCUUCAGAAUUCAAUCCUGACAAUUUUCUUCCAGAAGCUGUAGCAAAUAGGACUCCAUUUGCUUAUAUACCAUUCAGCGCAGGUCACAGAAAUUGCAUAGACAUGACAAGAAGAAACAGAAGAUCCUCCAGCGCCCAAUAAGAAGAGAGCUAUCAGCCACAUAUGGUGAUGGUGAUAGAUCCUAGGAAAUGUUUUUUUUUGUCUUUCAAGUACUGUAGCCACAUCAUGGAGUGACAACCCUUCACGGUGCAAGUCCAACAUGUGAUGGCUUGCUUUUAAUAUGGGGAGGAUACACAAAUUUUCUGAACACAGUAUAUGCAAUGGGGGUUACACUGGCAAACUAUAAAACCUUGCUUCUCUGGAGAUCUAGAAAUAAAUUGCUCAA